AUGGGGCGGAUUGGAAAGCUUGCUGCUUGCCUCGCUCUUGCCGAGGCUGGCUGCAGGUGGCUCGGAGCCGGCCCCGGGCACGAGUUUGCCAUAUCGAUCACCGGAACGGAAGCCGCAACACCUCCUGCGAUCGAUGCGAAACUUGCAUGGUGUUACGAGCUAAACGUGGAUUUCAGAGGCCAUGACGUAGAGAAGGUUGAGGAUGCGGGCAUUGCCACUCCGAAUUUGUGCCAAGCUAUGUGUUCGGUUUCACGCUCCUGUUACUAUUGGACUUGGGUUCCCACCACUGGAAGCUGUUACCUUAAGGACAAGCUUGCCCCCAAGAAUAGAGUGCAAGAUGAAACCUCCAAGGGCAUGGUAUCGGGACCGAAAGUGUGCGGGCCGUCUCCGACGGUCUGCUUGGAAUACGGGGUUGACUACCUGGGGUACGAUAUUGAGAAGGUGGAGACGGGAGCCGUUCACUACGCGCAGGAAUGCCAGCGUCUCUGCAAAGAGAAAGAUGGUUGCUUUUUUUUCAGCUGGGUCUCCGAAACGCGAAACUGCUACCUUAAGGGUCCAGGUGCCCUGACUGGCCGCAGGCUCGACGCGACAACUGUCGGUAUCGUGUCUGGGCCCAAGCAGUGUGGCAGCACCAUCACACCGCUCCCUCCAAGCUCCGCGUGCUUUGAGAAUGAUUUCGACUACUUCGGGAACGACAUCGAGAGGAUCGAAAACGGCAGCAUUCAGAGCGCAGCCGCCUGUCAGCAGGCAUGCGCGCAGCUCAAGGGAUGCGCCUUUUUCACAUUCAGUACACAACGUAACUGGUGCUACUUGAAAUCUUACAAAGCACUCGGCGGACGUCGCGCAAGUAGUGUUACUGGCGACUUGGUCUCGGGCCCGGCCGACUGUUCUUACUUCCAGAAUUCAGACUCCUCCCUGGGUUGCUACGAACAGGACGUCGACCUGGUCGGCUCUACCUUGAAAGUUGUUAGCACUGGCAAGGUCACCUCGCCGAUGAUGUGCCAACAGCUGUGCGGCCUCUGGGGAAUGUGCAUGUAUUUCACAUGGUCAUCGGUCGACAAGAGCUGUGCCUUGAAGACUGCGACAGCAUUGCAUGGCUGGAGAAAGGAUGAUACGACGAAGGGACUUGUCUCAGGACCCAAAAAUUGCAGAGAACCACACGUUCCUUGCCAGGAAAUUGGCGUUUCUUACCCCGGUUACAACUUGAUGCGCAUCACCGACGGUCACGUCCGCAGUCCCGCAAUGUGCCAAAAACUCUGCGAGACAACGCCAGGUUGCCGUUAUUGGACGUGGCAGCAAACGGCCAACGUUUGCGAGCUGAAGAGCAGAGCGGCACUUGCUGGUCGCCUGCAGAACGCUGGAACAAGUCAGAUGAUAUCGGGCCCCAAAUUCUGCUCUGCAGUCAUUCCAGAGUGCUUCGAGGACAGCGUGGACUACACAGGAUACGACUUAGAAAAAGUUGAGACCGGAAAAAUUACCACCCCUGUGAUGUGCCAGACCUUAUGCCAGCAAAGGGAACUUUGCCGCUACUGGUCUUGGGUCAGCCCUACGAAAAACUGUUAUCUGAAAAGCCAGUUCGCACUUAUGGGACGACGCGAUGAUGCGUCAACGUCAGGCAUCGUCUCUGGGCCGCAGUACUGCGCGUCGUCGCCGACAGAAUGCCACGAGUACGGCUACGACUACUCGGGACACGACGUGACGAAGAUCGUUACUGGUUCGGUGAAGUCCCCGAAUACAUGCGAAACUUUGUGCGAGCAUGAGCCGGAUUGCUUCUACUGGACAUGGGAUAGACAGGCAAACAACUGUUACUUGAAAGAUCAAUACGCGCCGCAUGGCCGGAUCCAAAGUUCUCAGACCGUGUCCCUUAUUUCCGGCGGUCUCGGAUCGAGCAACACGUUCAAGAGUCGAUUCUCUGACGCCUGCGUCGAGGACGAGGUGGCCUAUGUCGGCUACGAUUUAGCUACAGCUGCCAGGGUUGUUGGAACGAGUCUGGGAAACGUUCGCGGAAAACAUAACGGCUCACUGGUCUGUCAGACAAUGUGCCAUGCAACAGACUCAUGCUUCUACUGGUCGUAUGACCAGGCCGCUAACCGCUGCUUUUUGAAGAACCAAUACGCGCUUCAGGGACGUUUGCGCGAUGAAUCGACCAAAAACUUUGUUUCUGGCAGCAGAGAUUGCGUACCCAAACCCUCACAGUGCCACGAAUUGGAUGUCGACUAUCGUGGAUACAACCUUAAGAAAAUCGAGACACAGCAGAUCCAGUCGUACCACGUAUGCCAGGAGAUUUGCCGAGUCACCGACGGCUGCCAUUUCUGGACGUGGUCUAGUCAAACGUUCAACUGCUACCUCAAAACUGAUCAGGCAAUCGGCGCUCGAGUCGAAGACCAGCUCAGCGUCGGGCUCGUGUCUGGGCCUAAGCGAUGCACCCCUGCAGGAGCCAGCUGCUGGGAAUACGGUGUGGAUUUCAAUGGUUACGACAUCAAGAAAAUCGAAGAUGGCUCGGUGGUUGCGGCUGCCCUCUGCCAAGGACUCUGCAAGCUGCAGCCGUUUUGUGAUUAUUGGACCUGGGUUGCCGAGACAAACAGCUGCUACCUAAAGAACAGCAACGCCCCGUUGGGUAGACGUCAGGACCUCUCUACAUCUGGAAUGGUUUCGGGACCUCGCGAAUGCCCUGCUAUGCAGCCUGAUUGCCGUGAAUUGAACAUCGACUACUACGGAAACGAUGUUUACAAAUAUGAAGACGGGGAUGUGACUACGGCAAACGAAUGCCAGUGGCUCUGCCAGAACAAGCCUGGCUGUUUCUUCUGGACAUACCUGGCAGAGCAGCGUUUCUGCUACCUGAAAAACUACACAGCCGCUGGAACACGGAUCCCUCACAGUGGUGCCAUUUCAGGCCCGAAAAACUGUUUGACUACUAUCACAGGAGAUAUCGGGGACUCAUCGACUGGCACUUGCUAUGAGACGGAUAUUCAGUACGUCGCACCAGCCCUCCCCCAGUCGGCAAGAGUCACAGGCCCCCAGGGUUGCCAGACACUAUGCCAGGCAGAGCCACUUUGCACCGUUUUCGAGUUUUACGUUCGAAGUGAACGGUGCAUCAUGAAGAAUAUUGGUCAAUCGUCAAUGCAGAAUCCCAUAUACAAGAAACGCGUUCCUGGAAUCAUCUCAGGUCCAAGGGAAUGCCCAACAUCCGUCACGACUGCUCCGCCCGUCUCAUCGGAUUGCUUUCACGUCGGUAUUGAGUAUGUUGGCCAUGAUCUAACACAGGAGAACAGCGUGCUGCCAGCAGCUACAUCGGCAGCAACCUGCCAGGCUUUCUGCGCGGCGGCGGCCAAUUGUGAAUACUGGACGUACAUGGCCUCCACCUCCGAAUGCAAGCUCAAGGACGAGCACGCAAUAGCCAAUAUCGCGAGCAAUGCGUAUGCUGUCUCAGGUCCGAAAACGUGCGCCACUGGUGCGUAG